UACUUUACUCUAAGUUGCAAAUAUCCCUUUGUGAUUAAUAAAUUCCAACCAUAUUAUAGCAUGGAAAUGUCCUACGCAUAGUAAAAUUCCACAUCAUUAAUUCUUUCCCUCAUUUUUCUAACAUUCUUAUCCUUUUCAAAGUUGAACUCUUCUUCUUGUUAACUAUCUCAAUAACUUUGAUCUUAAUCUGUACUAUACCACAACAAGAUCAUUUGUUAAAGUUUAAAAAAAUGAUUUUUUUUCAAGAAUUCUUUGUUAUUGCCAUGGUAGCUCUUGUAUUUUCUUGUAUAAUUGUUAAAAUUGUUUCUGCUUUAGUGUCAAAUGAUGGAAGGAUCGAUAAAGAGAGAAUUGUUGUGGAGGAAACCAAGAUUACAAAAGGGUUGGUUGUUAGUAGUAGGAACAGUAAGAAAAGAGUCAAAUUUGUUGAACAAGAAGUUGUUGGAAAUGUUGAUCAUGUUGUAACACAGAGAGCUAAUGAAGAUGGGGUUGAGAAAAAAAUUGAGGGUAUUUUAAAGAAAGGUGAUGACUUUAAGGGAGAAAAGGUUAUUGAGAAUCUUGGAGUGAUUAAGCAUUGUGGUGGUGAAAAGGAGGUGAGUGAUGAUCAUGAUGAUGUAGGGAAAAUUGGGUUGAUGGAGGAUAUUGAUGUUAAGAAGAUUGAGGGUAUUUUAAAGAAAGGUGAUGACUUUAAGGUAGAAAAGGUUACUGAGAAUCUUGAAGUGAUUGAGCAUUGUGGUGAUGAAAGGGAGGUGAGUGAUGUUCAUGAUGAUGCAGACAUGUGUAGGAAAAUUGAGUUUGUGGAGAAAAAGGAUGAAGUUAAGAAAAUUGAGGGUGUUUUAAAGAAAGGUGAUGACUUUAAGGUAGAAAAGGUUCAUGAGAAUCUUGGAGUGAUUGAGCAAUGUGGUGGUGAAAGGGAGGUGAGUGAUGGUCAUUGUGAUGCAGAUAUAUGUAGCACAGUUGGGUUGCUGGAGGAGAAGGAUGAGAUUAAGAAGAUUGAGGAAAAAAUUGAAGAAAUUAUAAAGAAAGGUGAUGAUUUUAAGGGCGAAAAGGUUCGUGAAAAUUUUGAUUUGAUUGAGCAUUAUGGUGGUGAAAGGGAGGUGAGUGAUGUUCAUGGUGAUGCAGACAUGUGUAGCGAAAUUGGGUUGAUGGAGGAAAAGGAUGAGGUUAAGAAGAUCGAGAAAAAAAUUGAAGAUAUUUUAAAGAAAGGUGAUGAGUUUAAGGGGAAAAAGGUUUGUGAAAAUCUUGAUUUGAUUGAGCAUUAUGGUGGUGAAAGGGAGGUGAGUGAUGUUCAUGAUGAUGCAGACAUGUGUAGACAAAUUGGGUUGAUGGAGGAAAAGGAUGUGGUCAAGAAGAUCGAUGAGUUGCUUGUUGUCAAGGAGAAAGAUAUCGUGAAUCGUAUGAUUGUUGAUGAAGUCAAGUUAGGUGAAAAUGAGGUGGUUGAGGUGGGAGGAGGGUUGAGUAAAGGGGAUGAUGACAAGACGGAUAUGAUAGCGAUGGAUGAAUAUAGCGAUGAUGAUUGGGAGGGAAUUGAGAGAAGUGAAUUGGAGGAAGAAUUUGUUAAGGCUGUUAACUUUGUGGAUGGGGGAAAUGGGAAGAAUAGUAGUAUGGAGAAUUUGGGGAGUGAAUUGAUGAUGCAAUUGUAUGGACUCCAGAAAAUUGCAAUGGAGGGGCCUUGUCAUGAGCCUCAACCGAUGGCAUUGAAAGUCUACGCCCGCGCCAAAUGGAAUGCGUGGCAAAAAAUGGGAAGCAUGAAUCCGGAGGUGGCUAUGGAGCAGUAUAUUAAGCUUCUGUCAGACCAUGUUCCCAAAUGGACGCAUCAUAGUAAGGAUGACUGUGAAGUAGGAUCUUCAGAAACUAAAAUGACCAGAGAUCCAGAUUCUUUAAAUGAUACACACAAAGACGAAAGGACACAGGAAAUGAACCAUGCUGCAGAGGGAGGUGAUUUUUCUGGAGGUGGAAAGGAAUAAGAAUGAGAAGAACUCUCCAGCAGAUGUACUGCAAUUUCCGCUACAAGAAUUUGAGGUCAUUGCAGUUCAUAACACAACUUGGUUCUCCCUUAUCAGAUUAUGCAUCUACUCUGCACAUGUAAAUAGUUAUUUCCGCUAAAUAAAAAUGACGCUAAAUUUAGAUAAACAACGAUCUCUUUAUUUCAGUGAUUUUCUAUCAUAUGAAGUGAAUAAUAAUCUCUUUGGUUCUUAUUGUA